AUGGGUUGCACGUGGUCUGGUUUGGCGGCGAUUUAUGAUGCUGUGAGUAGUGGCGAGGAGGUGAAGGUCAACGGGCGACGGUUCCGCAUCGUGCAGAACCUGGGCGAAGGUGGUUACGCUUUCGUUUACCUAGUUCGCGAAACCGGUAGCAGCCGCAGCAGCGCCGUCGAUGGUGCAGAUGCAUUGUCGGAUCCAGCUGCUGACGUGGAGACUAGCGGUGAUGACAAGGCUGCAGAACCCCGAAAGUCAGAGGAAAAUGCAGGAUCAGCGGAUGAUACGGACGUCAAUCCAGCUGUUCCAGCCAAACCGAAACGGAAAUACGUCUCUCCUGACAACACAUACGCGUUAAAGAAGUUUCUGAUACAGACCAAGGAGCAGCUGCUGCUGGUGAAGGCCGAAAUCGACGUCGCAUCAAAACUAGAUCACCCCAGCUUGCUCCCUUUAGUGGAGCAUGCUAUAGUUUCAUCCAAGCAGCAGCAGGGCACCAAGGAGGCAUAUCUCGUCUUCCCAGUCUACAGGGACGGCACCAUUCAAGACCAUGUCGGGUGGAUGGCUCAGCCCAAGGGGUCGCAGCCCGUUAGAGGCCACCGCUUCUCACCACUUCAAGUGCUCUCCAUUAUCAGCCAGGUCGCCUCCGGCCUUGCACACAUGCAUGCAUGCUCGCCCCCUCUAGCCCACAACGACGUCAAGCCAGGGAACAUUCUCAUAGCCUUUGGGGGAGGGCACGGGGCCACAGGGGGGAUAGGUAAAGGUGGUGGGGAUGGUAUCUGCAUGACAGGUGUAGCAGAGAGGGAUGAUGCUUUUGUAUCGGGUAUAGGCAGUAGUGCUGGUGGUGGUUCUCCUGGUGCCGGUGGUAGUGGUGGCGGUGGUGCCUUUCCUGCAUUUCCCUCUGCUGCUGCUGAUGGUGCUGCUGCGGGAGGAGAAGCGGGAAAGGCUAACCAAGGUGGGCAGAACGGGGGGGGAGAAGCAGCAGGAGUAGUAGGAGGAGCAGCAGGAGGCGAGGGAGCAGGGGAGAGAGCAGGGGAGAGAGCAGGCGAGGGAGUGCCGUUGGAGCGGUUACCAACAGCAUCGGCAUCGGAUGUUGCCGUGGCGAUUAUGGACUUCGGCUCCACCACGCCUGCCAGGAGGCACAUCACCUCUCGCAACCAAGCCCUGUCGUUGCAGGAAUGGGCGGCGCAGCACUGUUCAGCGGCGUACCGAGCACCGGAGUUUUGGGACUGCCCGAGUGAGAUGGAGAUCGAUGAGAGGAGUGACGUGUGGUCGCUGGGAUGCACUCUCUAUGCCACCAUGUAUGGCCAGUCCCCUUUCGAGUUCUCCCUUGGCGAAUCAGGAGGCAGCCUGCAGCUCGCAGUUAUGAGCGGCACCAUCAAAUGGCCACAUCCACCCCUCCCCGCCUCCUCCUCCUCUCCCUCCCCUGCUCUAAUGGACGCUCCUGGUUCGUCUGGAGGCGACUUUUCUGGUUUCUCUGCUGCGGAAGGAGCGGGAGGGGAGGUGGUGGGGUACCCUGCGUCGUUCCAUAGGCUGGUGGAGUGGAUGCUUCAGCAGAAUGUGAAGCAACGCCCGACGGCUGCACAGGUGGUGGAGAAAAUUGAGCACAUGAUUGCUACACUACCACCUUCGCUUCAAUGA